AUGCACACAUCUGUUUGGUGUACUCGUUCACGUGUUUUGGUUAUAGCUUUUGGUAUUUGGGUAUUUGCAAUGGCAUAUCAAUUUCCUUAUUUGGUUGUAUUCAAAGUUUUUGAUAUUCCAGAAAAAAAUUUGCGUGUUUGUAGAAAUCCUUUAGCGUCAAAAAGCAAAAUUUGGAAAAUUUAUAAAUGGUCAGAAUUUUUGUUAACUUAUGCUUUACCUAUAAUUAUUUCUGUUUUGCUAUAUUCUCGAAUUUGUCGAGUUUUGUGGUUUAAAAAUAAAAAUGGAGAAAAUUGUGGGAAAGGACAGAACGAAAAUGGUAAUUUUAAAUAAUUGAAUAUUUUUUGGGGAGUUAUAUGGAAUAAAAAGUAAGAAAAUGUUUUUUGGUGAUGAUUAUGCCAAAAAUA